UGUAAAUAUAUAUAAAAAGAAGAUUCGGUUUGCGAGAGUUGGUUACGGAUGGCUCAAAUGAUGAGGCACGAAGAACUCCCGAUCCCAAUCCACUCCGCUCUCGACGAAGUCUACGGCGAUUCCUCGCAACUCGAGGAGGCCCAGCUCCGCUUCCACCGCCUCAAGACCAAGUUCCACAACGUCUUCGGGCACCUUCCUCAACUCUGCGCUCGCUCUCCAGGGAGAGUGAACUUGAUCGGAGAGCAUAUAGACUAUGAGGGAUACUCGGUGUUGCCGAUGGCGAUACGGCAGGAUACUAUUGUGGCGAUAAGGAGGAACGAAGGAGAGAAGGUUCUGAGAAUUGCGAAUGUUAACGAUAAGUAUGAAAUGUGUACUUAUCCUGCUGAUCCUAACCAGGAAAUUGAUUUGAAGAAUCACAAAUGGGGCCAUUAUUUCAUUUGUGGGUACAAAGGUUUCUAUGAAUUUGCCAGAUCCCGAGGAAUAGAUCUGGGUGAACCAGUGGGACUCGAUGUUCUUAUCGAUGGAACAGUUCCUACAGGGUCUGGAUUAUCAAGCUCUGCAGCAUUAGUUUGUGCUUCUACCAUUGCUAUUAUGGCUGCUUUCGAGGAGAAUUUUCCCAAGCAAGAAAUUGCUCAACUUACAUGUGAUUGUGAGCGACACAUUGGUACACAAUCUGGUGGAAUGGAUCAGGCAAUCUCUGUAAUGGCUAAGCCUGGUUUUGCAGAACUAAUUGAUUUCAACCCUAUUCGUGCUACUGAUGUGCAACUUCCAGAUGGUGGAACUUUUGUUGUAGCCCAUUCCUUGGCAGACUCUCAGAAAGCAGUAACUGCUGCUACCAAUUACAACAACAGAGUUGUUGAAUGUCGUCUGGCUUCAAUUCUACUUGCUAUAAAGUUGGGAAUGAAGCCACAAGAUGCAAUUUCAAAUGUCAAAACUCUUUCUGAUGUUGAAGGGUUGUGCAUGUCAUAUGCUAGUACCCGUGGGUCUUCAGAUCCUAACCUGGCUGUAAAGGAAUUUUUGAAGGAAGAACCUUAUACAGUUGACGAAAUUGAGAAAAUCACUGGGGAAAAUCUAGAAUCUAUCUUUCGAAAUUCUGCAUCUUCUCUGGAUGUGUUGAAGGCUGCAAAACACUUCAAGUUAUGUCAGAGAGCCUCCCAUGUGUACUCUGAAGCCAAGCGGGUGCAUGCGUUCAAGGACACUGUAUCAUCAGAUUUAAGUGACGAGGCUAAGCUGAAGAAUCUUGGUGAUCUAAUGAAUGCGAGUCACUAUAGCUGCAGUGUUUUAUAUGAGUGCAGUUGUCCGGAGUUGGAAGAACUUGUAAAUAUCUGUAAAGAGAAUGGUGCUCUUGGGGCAAGGCUGACAGGAGCCGGGUGGGGUGGCUGUGCAGUUGCAUUGGUAAAAGAUAGUAUUGUCCCACAGUUCAUCCUCAAUUUAAAGGAACGGUUCUACCAGUCAAGGAUUCAUAGAGGUGUCAUAAACAAUAACGAUCUCGGCUUGUAUGUUUUUGCUUCCAAGCCUUCAAGUGGCGCUGCUAUUUUCAAGUUUUAGCGUAUGUCAACUUGUUCAGCCCCUCUGUAACUCGGGCCUGAACCAUUGUAAAGAUGCUCCCCUCGUGAUUUAGCUUAAUUUAUGUCAUCGAACCAUAUCAAACUUGUCUUCAAAAAUAAACCUAUGCCUAAGGUCUCAUAGUUAAAUGUAUCCAAUACUAGAAUCAUCAGUUUCUCUCAUGGAGAUUGUGGACCUUGUGAUGUAUUUUCUGUAAAUUUUAGCAUUCGAGUUUACAGAUUGAGGAGCAAAUUAGGAUGUUCCUUCCGAA